AUUGUCACAAAACCAGGAUAUUCGGUGGAAACGUGCUGUUGUCUAUCGGAAAUAGCAGCAGCAGCAGUAGCUUUGUAGUGUUAUGUCACUCAUUAGUUCGCUGUAAUAGUAGACGCUUUUUUUAUGUAUACCCUCUCUAUGUGGUAAAAAGAGGAAUGUCUGGUACGACAUUUUGACGUUCUGAAACGUGUAUAUGCCAAACCAAUAGUAUGCAUUUUGUGCAACUCGAAAUUCUUCACUACACGACAAUGCUCACGUCGGGAGGCGUAUACGGCCCUUUGAUCUCGUUUUUUUGUUCUAUAAAGAAAAACGAAAAUGAAGCGAUUGACGCCUACACCGACCCCUUCUGUCAGUAAUUUAAGCUUUCGAAGCAAUACAAGCCGGAACAGCAAUUACGAAGAAAAUCGAUUCGCUGCGUCGAAAGAAGAAUGUCAUGCACGGGCAGAACGCACAGUAGACGAAUGGUCUGAAUGUCUCAAGAUGAUGCUCAGAUAUAGCGAUCCUUCGGACGAGUUCAAUAAGACCAUAAAGCGAUUCGUUCAGACGGAUUCACACGCCAAAAAUACCCGACAGGCACUUGAGAAAACAAGCAAGGCGCUAGAUCAGCUGCUGGAAAAGAAGCAGGAUAUCUUGGCUACAACCAAGAUCUUUGAGGAAAUCCAAGACCUGUUAGAGCUUAAACAGGUUGUGAGAGAGAAUUGGGCAAAGCAGCAACAACAACAACAACAACAAUCACAGUAGUGAGGGUGUAGAUGUAUGAAAUAUUGCGCAUAUAUUGCGUCUACAAAUGGAAAAGGAUCAUGCAUCGGCAGUAUAUGAUUAGGGCAGCCCAUGUUUGUAUGUAAACAAAAGUACGGGUCAUCCUAAAUAAAGGAACAACUGGACAACACAGUCAUCAUGAGACACCUAUGAUAAAAAAAAUCGACUGUUGCUGAUUCAAUUAUAUUCUAAGCAGCCUCUGUCAAACCAAAUGUAAUCGAUGUGAACUGAUUAGUGAGGAUCGUUGCUGUUAU